UAUUCCAAGAAAAUCUGCAAUCCCGCAAUUUCAAAUCGUUUCUACCAUUCAUGUGUGCAGCAACUCUUGCACGCCUAGCUCCUCGUAGUUUGCCUCGCUUCAUGGAUACCGUCGCCGCUCGUCUCGCCGCGCCACGGCAGGUGGCGCCGGCAGCAGUGCUUCGACCGAAUCCUCGUCGCACUCCCAUCGCCGCGCUUCAUUCUCUGCCACGUGUCGGGCCCCAGCUUCUCGCUCGCUGCCAUGUUUCGCCAUGUGCGUCGCUUGGCGUUCGCGCGGCGUCGCCCGCCUCUUCUACUCAGCUGUCGUCGGACUUCCUUAACUCGCAGCUGCGACAUUUCAACGGCCGAACCCUGUCGCCAGCCCUAGCGCUCUCGCCAGGAGUGGCGCCUCGACGGCGCUUCCACCGGUCUGCACCGUGCCGUGCUGCUGCCAGCGGAGGCAGGAUCAGCCAGGGCGAGUUCACGGAGGCGGCGUGGCAGGUGAUAAUCGCGUCGCCGGAGGUGGCGAAGGAGAGCCGGCAGCAGAUCGUGGAGACGGAGCACCUCAUGAAGGCGCUGCUGCAGCAGCGGAACGGCCUCGCCAGGCGCAUCCUCGCCAAAGCUGGUAGCGACGGCACCGAGCUGCUGGCCGCCACUGAGCGAUACAUCGCGCGACAGCCCAAGGUGUCGGGCGACAGCAGUCAGAUGCUAGGCCGGGACCUCGAGGCCCUCAUAGACCGCGCGCGGGGCUUCAAGGCGUCGAUGGGCGACGAGUACGUGUCGGUGGAGCACCUGCUGCUGGGCUUCCUCGGCGACCGGCGGUUCGGCGAGAAGGCGCUGCGCGACGCGGGGAUCACCCAGGCCGUGCUGGAGAAGGCUGUAUCUGAAGUACGCGGCUCGCAGAAGGUCACGGACCAGCAGCCGGAGAACAAGUACGAGUCGCUGGAGAAGUAUGGCAGGGACCUCACUGAGAUGGCGCGGCAGGGCAAGCUGGACCCCGUGGUGGGGCGCGACGACGAGAUCCGGCGCUGCAUUCAGAUCCUCUCGCGCCGCACCAAGAACAACCCCGUGCUCAUCGGCGAGCCGGGCGUGGGCAAGACCGCCAUCUCAGAAGGGCUGGCGCAGCGCAUAGUGCAGGGAGAUGUCCCUGAGGCGCUCAUCAACCGCCGGUUGAUCUCGCUGGACAUGGGCGCGCUGAUCGCGGGCGCCAAGUUCCGCGGCGAGUUUGAGGACCGGCUGAAGGCGGUGCUGAAGGAGGUCACGGACAGCAACGGCGGCAUCGUGCUCUUCAUCGACGAGAUCCACACCGUUGUGGGCGCUGGAGCCAGCGAGGGCGCAAUGGACGCAGGCAACCUCUUAAAGCCCAUGCUGGGUCGGGGCGAGCUGCGGUGCAUUGGAGCGACGACGCUGGACGAGUACCGCAAGUACAUAGAGAAGGACCCCGCCUUGGAGCGCCGCUUCCAGCAGGUGUACGUGGGGCAGCCGUCCGUGCCCGACACCGUCAGCAUCCUGCGCGGCCUCAGGGAGCGAUACGAGCUGCACCACGGGGUGCGCAUCAGCGAUAAUGCUCUCGUCGCUGCUGCGAGCCUGUCGGAUCGCUACAUCUCCGACCGCUUCCUGCCCGAUAAAGCCAUCGACCUGGUGGACGAGGCGGCGGCGAAGAUCAAGAUGGAGAUCACGUCCAAGCCCACGGCGCUGGACGAAGUGGACCGCGCCGUGCUCAAGCUCGAGAUGGAGCGGCUCUCACUGGGAUCUGACACCGACAGAUUGUCUCGCGAGCGUUACGAGAGGCUGGAGAACGAGCUCAAGUCCCUCAAGUCCCGGCAGGCAGAACUCACAGAGCAGUGGGAGCGCGAGAAGAGCGUGAUGUCGCGCAUCCAGAGCAUCAAGGAGGAGGUGGACCGCGUGAACGUGGAGAUCCAGCAGGCAGAGCGCGACUACGACCUCAACCGCGCCGCCGAGCUCAAGUACGGCAACCUCAUCUCCCUCGAGAAGCAGCUGUCCGACGCCGUGGCGGCGCUGAACGAGUACCAGCAGUCGGGCAAGUCCAUGCUGCGUGAGGAGGUGACCAGCAGUGACAUCGCGGAGGUGGUGGCCAAGUGGACGGGCAUCCCCGUGGACAAGCUGCAGGAGUCGGAGCGCGAGAAGCUGCUCAAGCUCGAUGAGGAGCUGCACAAGAGGCUGAUUGGCCAGGAGACGGCCGUCACUGCUGUGGCGGAGGCCAUUCAGCGGUCGCGAGCCGGGCUGUCGGACCCCAACCGGCCCAUUGCCAGCUUCAUGUUCAUGGGGCCUACUGGUGUGGGUAAGACGGAGCUAGCCAAGUCCCUGGCGGCGUUCCUCUUCGACAGCGAGGAGGCGCUGGUGCGCAUCGACAUGAGCGAGUACAUGGAGAAGCACUCCGUCUCGCGCCUCAUCGGAGCCCCCCCGGGGUAUGUGGGGUAUGAGGAGGGCGGGCAGCUGACGGAGGCGGUGCGGCGGCGGCCAUACUCUGUGGUGCUGUUUGACGAGGUGGAGAAGGCGCAUGGGGACGUCUUCAACGUCUUCCUGCAGAUUCUGGACGACGGGCGCGUGACGGACAGCCAGGGGCGCACAGUGUCAUUCCGCAACACGGUCAUCAUCAUGACGUCCAACGUGGGCUCGCAGUACAUCCUGCAGGCGCUCGACCACCAGGCCGACAACAAGGACGUUCAGUACCAGGUGAUGAAGGAGCGCGUGAUGGAGUCGGCGCGGGCCAUCUUCCGCCCCGAGUUCAUGAACCGCAUCGACGACUUCAUCGUCUUCCAGUCGCUGGACGCGGCGCAGAUCACGCGCAUCGUGCGCCUGCAGCUCAACCGCGUGCAGCACCGCCUCAAGGACCGCAAGAUCCGCCUCCACGUCACCGACGCCGCCGUCGACCACCUCGGCCACCUGGGGUACGACCCCGCGUAUGGUGCUCGCCCCGUGAAGCGGGUUAUUCAGCACGAGGUGGAGAAUGAGCUCGCCAAGGGGAUUCUGAGGGGCGAGUACGGGGAGGAUGAUGUGGUGGUGGUGGAUACUGAGAUUGUUGCGCCCAGUGCUGGGGGGGUUCCGACCACGAGGCUCAAGUUCAGUGUGGAGCAUGGUGGGGCGUUCAGCGGCGGUGAGGGUGAUGCAGAGGCCAAGGAGCAGGCCAAGAGCUUGUUUGCUUAGGCUGCAGUGUACUCUUGAAGGACAUGUUGAAUCCCUAGCUGUGAUUUUGGAUAUGACAUUGAAGAUUGUACUGCAGAUGGUAGAUGACACGAUGGCGGUGAAUUAUGCAAGCAUGGAUACUUGCAUAUUUCAUGGAGUGACAGUUUCCUUUCCUCGUACUAGUAAUAUAUAUUCACACCUGCUACAUGAUUGCCGAUGAAGGCAACCUAUUGCUAAAUUAUAUAUUCUACCAAGCCUAGGGGGUGUGUUAAAUUAUAUAUUUGAUAUAUAUAUAAUGGUAGGCUUGGUAGGUGUUACUGGAUUCUACUGUAGAGGGUACAACCCCCUUCUUGUAUCC